AUGCUGGGAACGUCUUCCAUAGACCCCUCAGCAGCUUGGGUCCAGACUUCAGCGAGACCCCCCUCCGUAACUGUUAAAACGGAACCCCCAAGUUCAGCAAAUAUAUCUCCUAUUAAAACCAUCUCAUCGAAUGUUGCUGAUGCGAUAUCGACCAAAAUCAGUGAAAAUCGAAACUGUAUUCAAACUGCGGCUACGAGACUAAGCGACAGUGAAGUGAAGGAGGAAUCUUUGGAUUCAGUGUCGAAACCGUCUUCAAGUACGAGUGAACCUUCAACUAGUGAAGAUAAGGCGCCAACCCGAGAAGAUUCUCCGCUAAGUGAUAGCCAAACGGUCUCUAGUCCUCCACCUUCUGAGCGUAGUUCGAAACCAAGACAAAGUUUUGAAAAAGAGCUAGAAGACUCUUUGGAAUCUAGUCUACCCCUCACUGCCAGUCAAUCGGAACCUUCUACAGAUCACACCGGUGAUCCCACGAAAAGCAUAUCACCGGAAAGAAGUCAAUCGAGAGAGAGUGAGAAACUUUUUGAGAACACCGUAAGGAAAGAAGACGGGACAGAUGACAUGACAUCAUCCACCGUGGCGCCUUCUCCGAGGCAUAAGUUCACGUUUCGAGCUAACGCUAGACAAGCCUUGCGCUUGAAGCGAAUAGCUUGUUAUCUUCCACAUACUCUCCGUAAAUUAGGUCUGUCUUCUGUUCAACUCCACAAUGAGGAACCCAUUUCGGUUAUUGAUGUACCAUUAAUCAGUUCACUACCACCUAAGGUUGAAGAAAUUCAGCGACGGGUAGAAACUCCGAUUGAAAAAAUUGAACCUAGAAUUAUUCAUCCUCACCAUGUUGGACUUGUCACCCAAGUAGUUCCACCCGAACCAGUGCAGGUCCUUCAUCCCCAACAACCCAGAGCGCCUGUGAACAACAAUAGUCCUCUUCUAAUCAAUUUGCUGAGUAAUCAACAACAACAACAGCAACAACCACCUCUAUCGCAAGUGUCUCAACCUCCCCAACCUCAAGUUGCUCAACCUCCCCAGCCUCAACAGCUCCAGCAACAGUCGGUUGCGAGCUCACAAGCUCAAGUCACUGCUCCAAGCCAGAGUGUUCCUACUCCAAGUCAGCAAGCUCCACAGGCUUCUGUACCUGGACCAAACCAUCAAGCUGGGCCAGGUGGCCCGCAACAACCCCAACCACACCCCACCCCUCCACAUGGCCAUCCCACCGUUCCUCCACAAAAUGCUCAAGGUCCUCUUAAUCAAAACAUGCAACAGAGGCCAUUUUCCCCAUACCCAUAUCCCAAUCAUCCAAACCAGUCCCUUCCACCCAACCACAGCGGUCCCCCGCCAUCAAUGGAUCCUCAGCAAAUUGCUAUGCAACAGCAACAGCAACAUAUGGAUCGUCAACGUUUGCUCAUGCAACAACAGCAAGCGAUGGAACAUAUGCAAGCUCAGCGAGCUCAUUCUCAAAAUCAAGCUCCAGGAUCUAGUCACCCAACUCCUCCUACACCAAACUCUGCAACUCCAAAUCAGCCACCUUCUUCAAAUAGUCAAUAUUUCCCUGGAGCUGCUCCUCCCAAUAUGAGCGCCGCCGGUCCCAGACAAGGCCCACCUGGACCAGUUCCAAUGAAUUUUCCCCCACACGGCCAGCAUAUAUAUCCUCCACAUCAACGGUUGGGUGCUCCACCAAACUAUCCUCAGGGUGCUCCUGGACAGGUACCUUAUGGAUGUCCUCCCAACCAACAGGCUCCUGCUAUAAAUCAACCACCGAUGCAACAACCGGGUCCUCCUCCAUUUGUCCCUAUGCCUGAGGAACCUCAGCAACCUCCUAAGAAAAAGAGGAAACCUACAAAGAAGCAGCAAAAGGAAGCUGAGUUAGCUCAGCAACAACAACAACAACAACAACAACAGCAGCAACAACAGCAGCAGCAGCAGCAGCAACAACAGCAACAACAACAGCAACAACAACAGCAGCAACAACAAACACAGCAACAAUCACAGUUCAUGCAAGACAGAAUGAUGCACCCUCAGCACAUGCCACCGGGAGCGCCCAUGAUGCCAGGCGGUUAUCCACAACCCAAUUAUCCCAUGGUGCCAGGUCAACCUGUUCCUCCGGGUCAUCCGCAGUAUCCCCCGAACUAUACGGGGAACCCACAUCAACAGCAAAUGUGGCAACAUUCUAUGCAACAACGGAUGUUGUAUCAGCAACAAGUGAAUCAGCCAUGGCAGCAAAGGCCUCAUGUUCCAUACCCUCCGACAGGUCCUGGUUCUGUUCAUCCGAAUGCGUCACAAAGAACUUCUAGCGAUUUUUCCCAAGAUGGGACUUCUCCAUCGCAACAGUUUCAGCAAGUGCCUGCAAUGAAUCCUGGUAGCUAUAUGAGAAAUGAGGGUACCAUGUAUAACUAUCCCGGCAGUGAAGCUGCUGUUGACAAACUGUGGCAUUCUCAAGACGAGCAUUUAGGUGACCUCGAUGAUAUUGAACCUAUGAAUGAGUUGAGCGGGAGCAAUAGUUUGUUAUCGGAAUCCCAACUUCUGGAUGGUAGAUCUGGAGUUCCAAACGAGAAUUCUAAAUCACAGCAAUCUAAUACCCCGAAUGCAGAUAGAAUAGAUUCUUCUAUUGCUUCUGUAGUGGAAAUGGUGUCUCGUAAUAGUGCUGCGCCUCCUCCUUCGCCGAACCCUGUGGUUUCACAAGCCCCACCGGGCUCUCAACCACAUGGAAUAAAGCGGCGGGUCAGUGGAACUCCAGUAAAUGCUCCUGACCAUACUUUUCAAACUGUGAGUGGAGCUCCACCUGGAUAUCCUCAACAUCAUCCAAAUGAACAACAAAAUCGCAGUCAACCCGCUAGAUCUCGAGCUCAAGAAAACGGUGGAAAUAGGUCUGGAAAUAGCCAUGAGCAGAAUGGUAUUAGACGUGCCUCUUCUAAUUCUGAAGACGGAUCUGACGAACGUAUAGGGCAACUUGUACGAUCUUUACUAGCUGACGAGGCUAAGAAGAGGGAUGCAGAGAGCAAAGCAAAGCAACAAAGAAAAGGACGUAGGAAAGUAGAAGUUGUGCCUAAAGAUAGCCCACCUGAAAAUGAUUUCUACGAUCCUAACUACGCUAUGGACUGUUCCAUAUAUAAUACGGGGGCAAAUUUUCACGAAAAGUUUGCUGGACGCCAACAUCUAGUCGAGCAGAAUGUUCAGCCAAAGCAAUAA